CAUAUGAAAGAUGGCGGCACCCAGUGCGAAAGCAAACACGAGAGUUUCUUCUCAAAUUUCUGUCUGGCAUUCUUUAGGAGGGGCCAGUUUAUUAAAAUUUACAAUUUUAGCUUUAGCGUGGGUGCUAGCUUUUAGCUCAAGACUCUUUGCAGUGAUCCGUUUUGAAAGUAUCAUACAUGAGUUCGACCCAUGGUUCAACUAUAGAGCUACACACUACAUGGUAGAACAUGGAUUUUACAACUUUCUAAAUUGGUUCGAUGAACGAGCUUGGUAUCCGUUGGGGCGCAUAGUCGGAGGAACUGUGUAUCCAGGGUUGAUGAUCACAUCUGGAACUAUCCAUUAUAUUUUGAGUUUAUUGAACAUCACAGUUCACAUUAGAGAUAUUUGUGUGUUCCUUGCUCCUGUGAUUAGUGGGUUAACUGCAUUGUCAACUUAUUUCUUAACAAAAGAACUAUGGAAUGCUGCAGCCGGACUCUUUGCUGCAUGCUUUAUUGCCAUUGUGCCUGGUUAUAUUUCCCGCUCAGUUGCUGGGUCCUAUGAUAAUGAAGGAAUUGCUAUUUUUGCAUUGAUGCUGACAUACUAUUUAUGGGUAAAAGCUGUAAAAACAGGAGCAAUAUUUUGGUCACUGCUAUCAGCACUAUCUUAUUUCUAUAUGGUUUCAGCCUGGGGUGGAUAUGUGUUUAUUAUUAAUCUCAUUCCCUUACAUGUUUUUGUGCUCAUUUUGAUGGGAAGGUUUUCUAAUAGAAUAUAUGUAGCAUACUCAACAUUUUUUAUCUUGGGGCUCUUAUUUUCCAUGCAAGUUCCAUUUGUUGGCUUUCAACCUGUAAGAACAAGUGAGCACAUGGCUUCUGCGGGUGUUUUCAUUCUUUUGAAUGCCUAUGCUUUCCUGAAGUAUUUGCAAUCGUUUAUGACUCAGUCAGAGUUAAAAUCAAUAUUUGUUUUUUGUGUAGCGAGCUGUGGCGGAUUAGUCUUUUUAGGAGUAGUAGUGUUGACUUAUGCAGGUUACAUUGCCCCAUGGUCAGGCCGAUUUUAUUCUUUAUGGGAUACUGGUUAUGCUAAGAUUCACAUUCCUAUUAUUGCCUCUGUGUCAGAACAUCAGCCAACAACUUGGUUUUCAUUCUUUUUUGAUUUGCAUAUUCUUGUAACUAUUUUUCCUGUGGGUCUAUGGAACUGCAUUCAGAACAUAAAUGAUGAACGUGUUUUUAUUAUUUUGUAUGCUAUUACUGCUGUAUAUUUUGCUGGAGUAAUGGUUAGAUUAAUGCUGACUUUAACUCCUGUGGUAUGUGUCCUAAGCGCAAUAGCAUUUUCAAAAACUAUUGCAACAUAUCUUGAAGAUGAUGAGUGUCCUAAAACAUCAUUGAGUCCUAUUGAUAGUGAUUCAGAAGAAAGUGACGGUACUGAUAAGAAAGGAAACAAGAAUCUUUAUGACAAGGCUGGAAAAAUUAGGAAAAUCAAAACAGAUCAAUCAAGAGAAAAUCAUGGUUUAGGAACAAACAUACGUAGCAUCACUGUCGUUGUUAUGAUGAUGACUCUAAUGUUGUUUGCCGUCCAUUGCACAUGGGUAACCAGCAAUGCAUAUUCCAGCCCUAGUAUUGUGCUAGCUAGUUAUAGCUCUGAUGGGUCCAGGUUGAUUUUGGAUGAUUUUCGAGAAGCUUACCAUUGGCUUGCUCAAAACACAGCAGAUGAUGCUAAAGUCAUGUCAUGGUGGGAUUAUGGAUAUCAAAUUGCGGGAAUGGCUAAUAGAAGCACGCUGGUUGAUAACAAUACCUGGAACAACAGUCAUAUUGCACUCGUUGGAAAAGCAAUGGCAUCCAAUGAAUCUGCUGCAUAUGAAAUUAUGAAAACACUUGAUGUUGAUUAUGUUCUUGUCAUAUUUGGUGGUGUUAUAGGAUACUCAGGCGAUGAUAUAAAUAAAUUUCUUUGGAUGGUUCGAAUUGCUGAAGGAGAGCAUCCAAGAGACAUAAAAGAGAGUGAUUAUUACACUAGCAGAGGAGAGUUUAGAGUUGAUGAGAAUGGAUCUCAAACCCUUCUGAACUGUUUAAUGUACAAGCUGAGUUAUUACCGCUUUGGUGAACUUCAGUUGGAUUUCCGUACUCCAUCUGGUUUUGACAGAACUCGAAAUAUGGAAAUAGGAAACAAAAAUUUUGAAUUGGAACAUUUAGAGGAAGCAUAUACCACUGAACAUUGGCUUGUCCGAAUAUAUCAUGUAAAAAAAGAUAUCAACCGCCCACGCAUUCCAUAUAGUCAAAGAAAGAUUAAAUCUAACAACAUAUUUCUUUCUAAAAAGACUUCCAAACGGAAAAAGGGAACAAUAAAAAAUCGCCCUGUGGUUGUAAAAGGAAAGAAAAUUAGCAAAACUUUGAAAAAGUAAUGGACAUCAACUAUUGUAUGGACUAUGCCUUCCCCUAAGGGAUGGGGAUUGAUGGCUAUUACAUUAAGAACAGUGCCUCCCUGACUGAUAUCUGAUGACUCUUAAUGAGUUGUGAUUCCAUUUGUAUAAAAGGACCACAAAAAGCAACUCUUUUGUAUUUGAAAAGGGUAAAAUUGCAAGGUGCUUUAAUUAUGCUCAUGUCAUUCAGCAUCCUGAAGAUCUGGUAGUCAUUACCAUUCACCAGCAUUAUGUUCCUUUUCAUUUUAAUUGUAUGAAACGUUUAUGCUUAAUAAGUUGUUUCUAUUAAAUUUGCUAUACUAAUUUAGUCCAAAAAUGUAAGCCAUUGUGCUCAUAACCAAAAAGAAUAAAUAAAUAAACAAGUCAGUACAUGUAAAAUCUUUGAACUUGCAACUGAGCUGUUGAUUUGUUAGUUGAACUUCAGAAUUUUUAUUCACUUGUUUUUUUAAAAAAGUUUUUGUUUUGUUUUUUUUUUUUUUUUUUUUUUUUAAUUUCUUGUUUUCAUUAUUUAAAG